GUUCUUUAAGGUACGAACUCUCUCAACCCAGAAAUUCGUCAAACCCUAUCUCAUUUCUCUUUCUUGUGCUCAAUUUCUGUUGCCCUAACUCUGUCGUCUUCUCCAAACCCUAACCCCCAAAUCUCCAUGAAAUUCAAUUCUCACUUUCAAAUUAGGGUUUCCGCCAUGAAAACCACAGCUUUUUGAUGAUCACUUCAAUCUCAAAAUUCGCAGUAGCAGCAGCUCCGUCUCAAUAGCUUUUUCGACAAUGGACGGUGGAAACGCUGUUGAAGAUCCUGUUGCUCCUGAGUCAUGGGAGGUGGCGGAUGUGGAGGAGAGUAUGAAGAGACUUCUUCUUUCUGCUUCUUCUUCUGCUAAAGAUUCUGCUACCCCAUCUUCUUCUUCUAGCAAUUGUAUCGCAGCUGAUGAUUUAACAGCCUCUGGCCCGCUGAAUUUGGCUUUUUCAAGUGGUGCUGAAAACGCUGGAGUUUCCGGGCUUUCAGAUGAUGCUAUCAAUCAAGUUGAUCAGUUCCUUCGUGAGGCUUUGCAGAAUCCCCGGGAGCGCUUGUCAAUCUUGCGAUUGGAGCAAGAUGUUGAGCAGUUUAUUCAGGAUCCUACGCAGCAGCAGCUGGAAUUUCAGCAGCUUCCAACUUCUUAUUUAAGGCUUGCUGCUCAUCGAGUGGCUCAGCAUUACUUUCUGCAGUCCAUGGUCUUGCUAGAUAAUAGUCUCCCUGAUGGGUCUGGUUCUAGAAUUAUUGUCCAAAAGACAUCAACUGAGUGUCGGUUCCCUCGCAUCCGCCUGGCAGAUAUCCCUGUAAGCUUGCCUCAAGAAGAUAGUGGUGUUGUCAAGGUAGCCAUUAAGCAGAGGCCAAAUAAGCAUUCAUCUUCAUCCAGCGUUGGUAAUUCCGGUUCUCAAAAGGCAAAUUCCAAAAGUGUUGAGGAAAGGAAAGAGGAGUACAACAGAGCUCGUGCACGGAUUUUUAACUCUAAUAGCCAAAAUGGUUCCCCUGGUUUAAAACCUGAAAUUGAGGCAAAAAAAGCAGAGAACUUGCAGCUUCCUUCUUCAGGACCGCCAAAGGUUGAUGAUAAACCUGCUUCUGGAGGUUCUGACUUGAGUAGUGGAAGGGCUGUUUCUGUAGUUGAUUCUACAAGUGGUAGCAGUAGGUCAGCUAGAAGUAGAACAGAAAAAGACCCUAUUAGUAGGUACAGACCCAGUAAUAGGGUUGCUAUCUUUAGAGACCGUGAUAUUGACCGCAAAGAUCCUGAUUACGACCGGAAUUAUGAUAGGUAUCUGCAAAGGUUUGACCCUGGAUUUGGAUUUCAUGCUGGGCCUUACACUGUCCAACCUAUGUACUCCCCGGCUGUUAAUUAUAAUACAGAAUUUCCUCAACUUGGGUCAACUCCUAGGCCUCAGAUUUCUGCUGAUCCACCACGGCCUCUACCGCAGCAUCUACCUCUAUGGGCGUCUCCAUCUAAUCCUGCAGGUCUCGGUUAUGGUCAUCCUGAGACUAUGAUGGCUGCAUAUAGUCCAAAUCAUGUUAAUCCACGUUCUACAUCUGCUAUAUAUCUGCAUACCACUCAAUACCCCUGUCAACGUCCUGGAAUGCCAUUCAUUCAUCCUCAUGAACAUAUUCACCAAUCAUAUCAGCAGUCGCAACAGCAGCAACAUGAUGCAACCUUUGGGUUUGCCCGGCCCCGUUGAGGGGCAUGGGCAAUGCCUGCACCCUGCCUGCUUGGACUUUGAACUCCAAAGAAGUAUGACGGCACAUUCUGUGUGGCAGGGUGCACAGGCAUUUAGAACUGAGAGGGCUGGAAUGAUCUAAAUUUGUUCCGAGAUCGUUUUAGAACAGUUAGCUGGCCUUCCUCAGUUCUUGGUUAGGUUCCUUACGUUAUUCCGCAAAGUAGCUUUUGAUUGGGACAAAUCUCAAUCUGAACUACCUUCUUGAUGAUGAUGAGAAGAAUUAAAAGUACAUCAUUACCUGGAAGCCUGAGUGUUUUACGGACAAGUAAUCCUAGAAACCUGGAAAGAAGGCAAAGCAAAAUUGGGGAUUUCAUGCUCUCUGAAUGUUUGUUGGCAUGGAGCUUUUCGGGUAUGGUUGUGUUCACGAGUACUUCCCCAAUAUGGUGUUAAUAUUCGCUACAUGCGCCUUUGUUGUUUUGAUUCCAGUUGAGAUGUUCCUAAAUAUUGGGGUACUUUUAUAUUUCUUUCAAAAUUCUUAAUGGAUGCAUACAUACUAGUCUUUACAAGGAA